AUGGCAUCAGCUUGGAUAAAUAUCGUCAUAUUAGUAGGAACAUUGCUGCACUGCCAUAUCGGAAUCACAAAGGCAUGGCUCGACAUCGGUGUGAACUACGGAAUGGUUGGAGACAAUCUUCCCUCUCCGGCCACUGUGGUCCAACUUUUCAAGAAGUACAACAUUGGAAAAAUGCGACUUUUCGACCCGAACCCCGUCGUGCUCAAUGCACUUCGGGGCAGUGGAAUAGACGUCACGCUAGGCGUAAAAAACCAAGACUUACAAACCAUAGCAUCGAGUGUUGAUGCGGCUAAGACAUGGUUCGACACUAACGUGCAACCCUACAUGAGCAAAGUCACCAUUCGGUAUAUUUCGGCCGGUAACGAAGUUGUCCCCGGAGAUUUGGCUCAAUACGUAUUGCCAGCUAUGGAAAAUUUACAAAUUGUUUUGAACCAUUAUAAAUAUACUGGAGUGAAGGUGUCCACAGCAGUUGCGAUGGGUACACUGGGGAGUUCAUACCCACCCUCGAGCGGUGCAUUCUCCAACGAAGCUCGGGCUGACAUGGUUGGAAUCAUAAAGUUCUUGUCUAACACUAAGUCGACAUUACUGGUUAAUGUGUAUCCCUACUUUGCAUAUGCCUCAGAUCCAACUCAUGUGAAAUUAGAUUACGCUCAAUUUACCGCGCCCGGUCCGGUGGUGAAGGACGGUGACUUGAGUUACUCAAACUUGCUCGACGCGAUGGUGGAUGCUUUCUACUGGGCCAUGGAGAAGGAAGGCGUGAGUAGCGUGGAUGUGGUGGUUUCAGAGACCGGUUGGCCGUCGGCCGGAAACGGAGUCUUCACCACUCCACAGCUUGCACAAACUUAUAAUCAGAAUUUUGUGAAGAAGGUUCUUGCCAAGCGAGGAACUCCUAAGAGGCCUGGGCACUACUUGGAAGGAUUCAUAUUUGCAAUGUUUAAUGAGGAUCAAAAGCCUCCGGGCGUGGAGCGAAAUUGGGGCUUAUUCUAUCCGGAUGGAACGCCGGUUUAUCAUGUAUUUUCUUAG